UAUGAGUGGAGAGAAGUUUUCUACAUUGGGAAUAAGAGAUGGGGAUAUAAUUUUUUUCAUGCGACAUUCUUCAAAAACGGAUUUAGAAAAUGCGAUAAAAAGCGUUGUUGAAGAUUGUGAUGUAUUUCAUGUUGGUAUGUUUUGCUCUAAUAUGCAUUCCAUUGUUCACACAACGCAAAAAAAUGGUGUUGUCAUUGAAGCGAUUGACGUUGUUCUACAUGAAAUCGACGCAGAUCGUAUUGAAAUUUAUUCGAUUAAAGCGGCUAAAAUUUAUAGCGAUGAAGCAAGUAAAUGGGCUAAAUCGAAAUUCGGUUGUGCUUAUAAUGAUAUAUUUUCGAAUAAAUGUCGUAAUUCGUUUGGCCUAGAAGCAUAUUAUUGCUGUCAGUUUAUUAUAAAAGCCUAUGAGAGUUGUAAAUUUGAUCUUCAUUGCCCACCAUAUACAUUAAAUUUUACUGAUCCAUCAAAUGGCUAUAUUCUUCCAUUUUGGUCAAAUUAUUAUGCAAAAUUAUCGUUGAAAGUACCACAAGGUGAACCUGGCUCACACCCAGCUAAUUUGAAGCGAGCAAAACUUUUAGAAUUACGUUUUUCAAAAAAUUUUCGGCAAAUGUCUAAAAAGUUUCGAAUUUCGAGAACGAUUAAUGAGGUGUUACAUUUCGCAUUUGGUGCAACAAUGUCACCAGCAAAGUCAGAAACAACGAAAAUUUUUGAUGUUAUUCAACCAAGGAACGGUGAAAUCUUGACGAAAUGCUUCUGUGCUGAUAAAUCCUUGAUUGAUUCGGUCGUGAAAGAUGCAAGAAUGGUACAACCUAUGUGGCAUAAAAUGGGGGCGCAGAAAAGGGAUCUCGCUUAUAUGGAAACGCUCGAUUCUGGCAAACCAAUCUGUGAAUCACGUAUUGAUAUUGCAUCGUGCGUAGAUUGUUUCGAUUUUUAUUCUGGUGUCGCUCAUAAUUUAGCCGAACGAGAACCAUGGGGAGUUGUGGGUGCGAUUGGUGUAUGGAAUUAUCCUUUACAAACAGCCGUUUGGAAAGUUGCCCCGGCUUUAAUUUGCGGUAAUGCAAUAGUUUAUAAGCCUUCACCGCUCGCUCCAAUAACUUCAUUUAUUUUGGCAAAAAUUUUGCAGCAUUCUGGACUUCCUGAUGGAAUUUUUUCCGUAUUGCAGGGAGAUGGUGAAACUGGAAAAUUUAUUUGCGAGCAUGAAGGAAUUGGCAAGGUUACAUUUACUGGUAGUUCUGCUACUGGUGCUAAAGUUCUUGCUUCUUGUAGCUUACCUGGUCGUCUCAAGCCCGCUACACUUGAACUUGGCGGUAAAAGUUCUUGCAUUAUUUUCGGUGACGCAGAUAUUAAUAUGGCGGUAGCUGGUGCUCUAAUGGCUAAUUUCUAUGCCCAGGGACAGGUUUGUUCAAAUGCUUCAAAAAUACUUGUCCAUCAUUCAGUAUAUGAUGAAUUUAAAGAAAAAGUGGUUAGAGCUACUAAAAGUAUUGUUGUUGGUGAUCCUUUGAAAGAAGAAACAAGGCAUGGCGCAUUGAUAUCGAAAGAACAUCUUUUGAAUGUAAAGUCAUUUAUCAAGGAAGCAAUCAAUGAGGGUGCCAAAUUAUUAUGUGGAGGAGAUGAAAUUAUUGUAAGUGGUGUGGAAGGGGGUUUUUAUCUUUCGCCUGCGAUACUAGAAGGUAUCAAUAAAUGUAUGCGUGUUUAUCAUAAAGAAGUCUUUGGAGCUGUUAUGUUAUUACUUCCAUUUGAUAAAACUGAGGAUGCAAUCGAAAUCGCAAAUGAUACACCGUUCGGACUCGCUGCUGGUUUAUUUACAAGUGAUUUGAAGAAAGCUUAUGCAGUAUCGUCAAAAUUAAAAGCUGGAAAUAUUUAUGUGAAUACCUAUAAUGAUAUAAGUCCUAUGGUACCAUUUGGUGGAAUGAAGCAAUCAGGCUUCGGUCGAGAAAAUGGCAUUGCUGCGCUUGAAGCAUUUUCUCAAAUUAAGAGUGUUUUUGUCAAUACUUCCAAUCAGUUAGAUAAUCCGUUUUCCUAA